UGGGGUUACUGGGGAUCCGGGUAGUCCCGGCUUACAAGCAAGUCGCGUCCGGUACUAUAAAAGCUCCGCGCAGUCGUAAACUUCCUCUCGGAUUCUGUCUUUCCUUUUCUUUUGUAUUCGAAUAUCCAGUGCUAUAUAUUCGAAUCACUAUUGCUUUUCUUCUCCCUGUCUGUUUUUCGUGUUGCUGGAUUAGAGCAGAGCCGAGCUCAGAGAUAGAACCUCCGCGCGGUCGUAAUAGCCAACGAAAAAGUCCAGCUCCCUUCUACAACAAGGAUAAUUUGGGUGCUAUUUCCUCAAUGUUAUAUACAAUGGAUAUGCAAGAGGAUGAAGAAAGUAACAACAUUAGAGGGCAUUCAUUGCAGACAUAUUUGGAUGCAUUAUAUGAAAAGAGGGGAUCAACAAGAGAGAAGGCUUUGUUGGGGCUCAUUGAUGCCUUUUCAAGAAACUUAGACAUUCAAUUCGCUGAGAAUAAUUAUAUAACAAUGCAACAUCAGUUUAUCAACUCUGUGAAACGGGGGUCUGCCACAGAGGUUUCUCAAGCUACUCGUGCCCUUGGUUUAUUGGCUGUUACUAUUGGUUGUGGGGAUAAAGCACACGAAAUAAUGGAAGAGUCAAUUCCAGUGCUUUCUCAUGCCAUUAGAUCUUUCUCUGAAUCUAUGAAGAGAUUAUCUGUAAUAGAAUGUUUGGCCAUCCUUACAUUCGUUGGUGGAAAUGAUAGUGAGGAGACAUAUAGAUCACUGGAGAUUAUAUGGCAGUUGAUUAAUCCAGAACCAGGCUCUAAGGUUGCGCUUGAAAAUAAACAAACAACUGAUGUACUAGCAACGGCUAUAUCUGCAUGGUCAUUUCUUUUAACAACUGUUAAAAGAUUUAAAAGAUUGAAACUUGAUUCCAAUGAUUGGCAGGAGUCAAUCUCAUUUAUUUCAAGUCUUUUAGACAAGGAUGACCAUGCUCUACGAGUUGCAGCUGGUGAUGCACUUGGCGUUAUUUUUGAGCUAGGUGGCCUUAAGAAGUUUUGUGAUGGAGCCAAGAAUUAUACCGACAGUUCAGUAAUUAAGGAAAAUGAUGUGUGGGGAGGGUUUGAAUGUCUAGAAGGGUUAAAGACAAAAAUCCAAAGUCAAAUGAGGAGCCUAUCUGUUGAGUCAGCGGACCAGGUUUCAAACAAUAAAGAUGUUAAUAGUGAGCGAAAUUCAUUUGAGGACCUUUCGGCUUUCCUUCAGACUGGUGAUUGCUCAGAAACAUCAAUGGAGGCAUCGUCAUGGAGUGAAAUGAUACAGUUGAACUUUCUGAGGCGUUUGUUUGGAUCUGAUUUUUGCAUGCACAUGCAGCAAAAUAAAUUUCUGCAUGAUGUUUUUAAUCCCAUACAUAAGAAGAAAAAACAUUCAUCAGGAAAUGCAGAAUACACAUUAGACAACGAAAGGGAUACUGAUCUAUUCUAUAUUCCUCGGCAAAAGAAAGAUGGAGCUGAUACCUUUCAGAGGUUGUACAAGUCUCCGAACUCUGCAUAUAACAAGGCGAGGACCCAAGUGCUGAAUAAGAAGCGUUCGUUUAUCCAGGAUUGGAAAAAUGGCCACUUUGCUGAUCAAGAGGAUUAAAAGAAGACAAUCCUUUGUGUAGAUUCUCAUUUAAAAUGCUGAGGAGAGGUACAAAGGGGAAAUGGCAUUGGCUGGACUAUUUUCCUUUUCUUUCUUAUAAUUUUUUUCUAUUUUUUAACCGAUUCUUUUAUUCAUUUGAACCAAUUUAUAGGGUGUAAUAUGUUCAUUUAACUUUUUCUUCUUUUUUCUUGGCAAUGCUAAUAAUUUAUGUUGCCAUUUUAUUGGUUAGUGUCAGAGAAAUAUCAAUAAAAACAAUUUUGUUUUGCUGCAAGAAAGAAAUGUUUUUUCAAGAUCAGUUACUCCAUGAUGGGCCAUGUCCCAAAAUUUGCACUGAUCAGUUACUCCAUGACUGGAGAUAUUAGCAACCUUCAA